UUUGUUCAUCUUCAUCUUCUCCGGAAACUUUCGCAUCCAAACCCUUCAAUUUUUUGUAUUUUGGUAUAGAAAGAAAUCUGAACCCUUGGUAGAAUAUAUAUAUUUCCCAACAGAUUUAACCGAAAACGAUUCAUUGCUUUAACUGAUUUCGUUGUUAAUUUUCAUAAAAAUAGAAUUUUCAAAGUUUCUAGAUUCCAUUAAAUCUCGCUAAUCAGAAAACCAAUGCCACUGACACUGAUAUAUCUCUCUUUUGCCAGCCCGCAUCAUACGUAAAAGUUUGAAAACUUGUAUGAGAAGUCUGAGAAAUCCGUGAAAGAUGAAUUUGAAUGGAGUAGUCGUCGCGCUUGUGCUGGCCCUGCUAGCGUGCGCGCCCCGGCGCAGUUACUCGCAGCAGCGGCUCGCCGUGCCCAUGACUUUGGUUCGAAACGCUCCCGCUCUCGGCGCUUUUUGCUUGGAUGGGAGUUUGCCGGCGUAUCAUCUCCACAGAGGCUUCGGCGAUGGCGCAAACAACUGGCUUUUACAGUUCGAGACGUCACUGCUUUAUUUUAGAGGGCAAAAGAUUUGGGAAGCAAUUAUUCUUGACCUUCUACCAAAAGGUUUGGGACAUGCGCGCAAGGCUUUACUUUCAGGUUGCUCUGCUGGGGGUUUAGCAUCCUUUCUACAUUGUGACAAUUUCACCAAGUACUUACCAGAGAAUGCCAAUGUGAAGUGCUUAAGUGAUGCUGGAUUUUUUCUUGACGAAAGAGAUAUAAGUCUGAACAGCAGUAUGAGGCUUUUCUACAAAAAACUUGUUUCUCUACAGGGGGUAGAGAAGAAUCUGGAUAAAAACUGCACCAAUUCCCUCAAUUUGCCUUAUUUGUGCUUCUUCCCACAGUAUGCAUUGAAAUACAUUACCACGCCAUUUUUUAUCUUGAACUCAGCAUAUGAUGUUUUCCAAUUUCAUCAUAUAUUGGUGCCACCUUCUGCUGAUUUGAAUGGACAAUGGAGUCAUUGCAAGCUGAAUCCAGCAGCAUGUGAUGUAAACCAGAUAGAAACUUUGCAAGGUUUCAGGCGGGAUAUGCUUUUAGCAUUGAGAGAGUUCACACAUUCAAGAAGUGGGGGGAUGUACAUAAAUUCAUGCUUUGCUCAUUGCCAGAGUGAGUCACAAGACACUUGGUUUGGAGUGGACUCCCCAAGAAUUCACAAUAAGACUAUUGCAGAAACAGUUGGUGAUUGGCACUUCAGCAGAAGCGUAAAGACUAAAGAGAUUGACUGUGCAUAUCCAUGUGACAGUACCUGCCACAACAUUAUACCAGGUCAACAAUAAGAUUCACAUUUUGGAAAUGACAAAGGAGUUUGUUUCCACAUUCAAGGAAUCAAGGGAUAACGCAAAGAGCAAUUCUGACACAAUGAAGACUAUACCAUAUAUAUAAAUAUGUGUCUACAACAAGAUCACAAAUGAAGAGGAAAGAUUGUACAUGUACCACAUUUUUUAAUUCAAUCAACCAAUAAACUGCCACUAAUUGCAGUUUGAUUCUUGAAUGGUUUUUGUAUUCUUUA